CCACUUACCCCCCUCCCACCGUUAUAGGGUUGGCCUAUUACCAACAACCCGCUGCGGCCCAGUACUAUGCCGSACCACAACGCAUGAUGUUCAUGCGUUACGUCCAACCCUCAUUCGGCUCAGCCCGCUCUCACCAAGCCGCUGCCGCACUCGUUGCUGGCGAUUCAGUCGCCACCGGCACUUACCUGCAAGGAUCUGCCGAUGGUGUUGUUGCUGCCGCUGGACCCGCUGAAACUGUAAGCUUUUCUGGUGAAGUGCAAGAUGAUGCUAUCGCCGCUGCUGGUACCCAUGUUGCCCACUCUGUUGCUGAGGCCUACCCCGGUGCUGUCGCUGCCGCUGAKGAYCAACACAAAGUAACCGUACAAGUUGAUUUGGAUCCCGCUGUCAGCGCUGAGGUCAGCGAUGAUGAUGCCAAGGAAGGCCGCGAAUACAAUUACGAUGUGCCAGCUGUCGCUGCUGGUGGCGCUGAUGUUGAUGUUAAUUUGGCUGGUGAAGCCGCUACGGUUGCUGAAGUUGAGACCCCCGCUGCCGCUAAUGCUGGUACCGCUACCGUUUCGUUUGGUUUAUCCGGCGCUGCUGAGUCGGAAGCACCUGCUGUUGGCAACGCUGUUGCCUCAAAGGGUAUUGAUGUGAAUGUUAAUUUGCCCGCUCCCGCACCACUUGCUCCCGUUGUUCCAGUUAAACCAGCYAAACGUUACUUGCCAGCCAACAAGAAGGUCAUUGUUGAAUUAGAACAAGCCGCCGAUGCCGAAGAUGAUGCCGAUAACGCCGUAGCUGUGCAAGAUGACCAAGAUGUUGAMGAAGAUGACGCCUAYGUGCCAGUGCCAGUCGCUCCUAAAGUACCUGCCCGUCGUCCAGUUGCCAGAAAGCCUGCUAAGCCCGCCGCCAAGCCAUUGCCAGCUGGUACCUUCUUCCCUGUCGACUUUGGUGGCGCUACCGGUGGUGCCAUCGCCAUUGCCAACUCUUUCAGCACUGGUGAAGCUGGCUCCGCCACCAGCCACGCCAUCGCCUACGGCAAUCCCGAUCAAGCUCGUGCUCACGUGCGCCCCAGCAGACGUCACUAG